CGGGGAGGUCAGAGAGGGGCGGUCCGGAAGGGCAGGCGCCAGGGCUGCCUGUCCAGCUUGGAGGACAGCGGGACCUGCCGCCCUCCGGCCGGCCUCCCUCCUGAGUGACUGCGGCCACGAUGGGCCGGAAGGUGACCGUAGCCACCUGCGCCCUCAACCAGUGGGCCCUGGACUUCGAGGGCAAUUUGCAAAGAAUUUUAAAGAGUAUUGAAAUUGCUAAAAACAGAGGAGCAAGAUACAGGCUUGGACCUGAGCUGGAAAUCUGUGGCUACGGGUGUUGGGACCACUACUACGAGUCGGACACCCUCCUGCAUUCGCUCCAAGUGCUGGCGGCCCUCCUGGCGUCUCCGGUCACCCAGGACAUCAUCUGUGACGUGGGGAUGCCCGUGAUGCACCGCAAUGUCCGCUACAACUGCCGAGUCAUCUUUCUCAACAGGCGGAUCCUGCUCAUCAGACCCAAGAUGGCCCUGGCCAACGAGGCCAACUACCGGGAGCUGCGCUGGUUCACCCCGUGGUCCAGGAGCCGGCACACAGAGGAGCACUUCCUCCCUCGGAUGCUGCAGGACCUGACUCAGCAGGAGACGGUGCCAUUUGGAGAUGCGGUGCUGGCCACCCAGGACACCUGCAUUGGGAGCGAGAUCUGCGAGGAGCUCUGGACACCACACAGCCCACACGUGGACAUGGGCCUGGACGGCGUGGAGAUCAUCACCAACGCCUCAGGAAGCCACCAUGUCCUGCGCAAAGCCCACGCCAGGGUGGACCUGGUGACCAUGGCCACCACCAAGAACGGCGGGAUCUACCUGUUGGCCAACCAGAAGGGCUGCGAUGGCGACCGGCUGUACUACGACGGCUGUGCCCUGAUCGCCAUGAACGGGGGCAUCUUCGCCCAGGGGUCCCAGUUCUCGCUGGACGACGUGGAGGUGCUGACGGCCACCCUGGACCUGGAGGACGUCAGGAGCUACAGGGCAGAGAUCUCCUCCCGAAACCUGGCGGCCAGCAGGGUGAGCCCCUAUCCCAGAGUGAAGGUGGACUUUGCCCUCUCGUGCCACGAGGACCUGCUGCAGCCCGUCUCUGAGCCCCUGGAGUGGAAAUACCACAGGCCGGAGGAGGAGAUCAGCCUCGGACCCGCCUGCUGGCUCUGGGAUUUCUUGAGGCGAAGCCACCAGGCCGGGUUUCUCCUGCCCCUGAGCGGUGGCAUGGACAGUGCGGCCACUGCCUGCCUCGUCUACUCCAUGUGCUUCCAGGUCUGCGAGGCCGUGAGGGACGGAAAUCAGGAAGUGCUGGCCGAUGUCCAGGCCAUCUUGAACCAGAACAGCUACAUUCCCCAGGACCCCCGGGAGCUCUGUGGACGCCUGCUGACCACCUGCUACAUGGCCAGCGAGAACUCCUCCCAGGAGACCUGCAGCAGGGCCAGAGAGCUGGCCCAGCAGAUCGGAAGCCACCACAUCAGCCUCAACAUGGACCCAGCUGUGAAGGCCAUCUUGGGCAUCUUCCGCCUGGUGACGGGGAAAAGUCCUCUAUUUGCAGUUCAUGGAGGAAGCAGCAGGGAAAACCUGGCCCUGCAGAAUGUGCAGGCUCGGAUCAGGAUGGUCCUCGCCUACCUGUUUGCUCAGCUGAGCCUCUGGUCCCGGGGCGCCCGUGGGGGGCUUCUCGUGCUCGGAUCUGCCAACGUGGAUGAGAGCCUCCUCGGCUACCUCACCAAGUACGACUGCUCCAGCGCAGACAUCAACCCCAUAGGGGGGAUCAGCAAGACGGACCUGAGGGCCUUCGUCCAGUUCUGCAUGGAGCGCUUCCGGCUUCCCGCCCUGCAGGGCAUCCUGUGUGCACCGGCCACCGCGGAGCUGGAGCCCUUGGCCAACGGACAGGUGUCCCAGACGGAUGAGGAGGACAUGGGGAUGACAUACACGGAGCUCUCUGUGUUCGGGCGGCUCAGGAAGAUUGCCAAGAUGGGCCCCUACAGCAUGUUCUGCAAGCUGCUCAACAUGUGGAGAGACACCUGCACACCUCGGCAGGUGGCCGACAAGGUGAAGCGGUUUUUCUCGAGGUACUCCCUGAACAGGCACAAGAUGACCACGCUCACACCCGCUUACCACGCAGAGAACUACAGCCCUGACGACAACAGGUUCGACCUGCGGCCCUUCCUGUACAACACGCGCUGGCCCUGGCAGUUCCGGUGCAUAGAGGACCAGGUCCUGCAGCUGGAGAAGAGAGCACAGAAGGACCUCGACGGCCUGGACUGACGGACAGCACCUGCCAGAGGCCUCCCUCCCCGCAGCUCACUGUGACGCUGGCAUCACUGUGACCAAGGACAGGGACACUCCCCACCUGGAGCCACUUGGCAAAUCAGCCUUGAUCGUUUUAAAGGCAGAGGGAACUUUCAAUCUGAUUCCUCUAAAAGAAGCUGAAAUAAAGCCAUCGGAGCCAGUUA